GGCACAGCCUAGGGCAGCAACAGCAGCAGCGUCCUACAUCGAAGCCACUGCACGCUCGGCGUCUCACCAAGAAACGAAGAGACAAGCGGUCCCUGUCAUUUACCGCUGUCGAGGGGAUCAAACAGGAAAAAACAAACAAACUGCUUCUGCUGAACCACACCAGCGUCACCAGUGCUGAUGGGGAUAGCGGCUCGUUGUUUGCUUCCUUGUCGUCUGUCUGUCUUUUGGCCUGUCGAAAAUAAAAGGGAAGAGAACGCCGCCAAGAGAACAAGGGGAAUCGAGGGUCUUCCAGCCCUCGCCACCUUCGCGGGCAUCACACCCCCUUCCGCCACAGCGGCGGUGGGUCGAGGCCCCUCCAUUGCCACCACCACGUCAAACAGAAACAGCAGCAACACCAACCACUUUCAGCACAGGGGGGCAAGCUCUCGCGGUCAGCAGCUGUGUAACCAGAGUAGAAUUGACGGAGAGAGCUAGUGCUGGUCACUAGGUGCAAAGGGAAGGGACCAACUCGACCAAACAACGGGGCAAACACAACAGAGCUUGCGAGCUAAUCACUGCCCCGAUCUAUUUUGUUCCGUGUAAUUGUUUUCGUAGUAAAACCUACUAUUACAACUACUGCUACGAUAGGUACUAGCAGGAAUCCACCAGGAAUUUGGCCGCUAAGCUGAAGGCUAUAACUGAGGCGUAUUUUGGAAUCGAAUCAUGCUGCGCUGCGGCACGCCAGAACGAAACUCGCGGGCUCUCCCUCUACUGGUUUUGCUUACGUUUCGGUUUGCUAUUUCAGCGAUUAUAUCAUCAACGAUGUUGCAAUAAUACCAUCAAAACUCUGAGGAUACUGCUGCGAUGGAAUCGUCAGUUUCGUAUUUGUCGCCUGCGGCCACUCCACGACCUCCGUCGUUGUCGUCAUGGAGCGUCAUCUACUUCGCCGGCCGUAGUAAGAAGCUAAUUGCGACUAAUUGAUUCGUUCUAAUUGCGCUAUGUUGAAACUUCCGAUUUGCCACCUAUUGAAAUUGUUCUGUGUGCUGUGCUCAUAUUGCUGAUUUUUGGGCUCAUUUUUACCGUUGUUGCCGCGAGAGUGCUUUUCGGUGUGCUACGAUUUCGAUUUUUCACAUAAGACGAGCACCUUGUCGUACUACUGAUAAUGGCUACAGUAUGAAAGUGAAGUAGUUUUCCCGUCUUGAGGAGACCAUAAGUCGACGUCGGAAAGAAAAAAUGGCCGAGCGACAAAAAAUACGGUAUUUGUAUCAUUAUAAAGUGCGAUAAGAACGAAUCGUAAUCAAAUAUACUCCCUCCGAAAAGUUUAUCGCUUGCGGAAGAGCGGCAUGCAACCGGUGCAAUAAUGUACGUUCUUUCUUCAGAAAAUGGCCUUUGGGUUCAACCGGGAACAACGCAGGUCAAAUGAAAACGGAACUAGUCAUUGUUACUUAGUCAUCAUGUCAGUAUCCAAUCAAAUGAUCUGCAAGUGUUUUCUCAUUAUUCAACACUAGCAUCAACAAGAUUUGUCUGUUUAUGCAGGAUUGUGUUCUCCUUCCUACCCUGCACCCACAGCAGUGCCUUUUGGUGCUUCUUUCAGUUGUGCCUCGACCCAUUUCGUCGCCGCUGAUGUAUGUUGCUGUGGGUGCGUCGUGAGUCAAAAGAAGUCGGUAGAAAACGCUAAUACUAGUGCUGAUGACUGGGUGUCUGUAUGUGUAUGCCUGUGAGUGCGUGUGCAUGUGUAUGUUUGUGUGCGCGCGCGGAGUCUAGGAAGUCCAGCGAGCAGAAUUAGUGAGUCAGUCAUAGCAAAAUGCUGUUCUGGGUUUGGCCGAUGUGUGGUGCGUGAGGUGCUCCUGAGUCAGCGUUCACGAUCACCCAGGGCAUUCGCCUAAUCGGAGUCUGUCAUCCUGUCGUAGAUCGGGAGCAGCCGAGCGAAAAAAAGAGAAAAAAACAGCCUGCCAAAAAAGAAGAGAGGACGCGACCAAGAACUAAGUUGCCCUUUUGCCACGGACAGCGCUAAUUGUUACUCCACUACGUUACCGCAUGCACUGACACAAGAGAAGGUUUGUUGCUGUGUUGUACGACAGCACGAAAAAAAACCAUCCGAGAGGGACGAAUUCCUGACUUAGCCCACGGGGCGGCCCGAGGGGCUUUCGGGCCAGAUGUUGCAAUCGAAAUUGCUUCUGUUGCUCCCUCUUCAAGGCUUGGCCACCACUUGACGCCGCUAACGGAGGUCUUGCGACCGUUUGCAGGCAGCCUUCCGGAUUUUUUCACAACUUUGUGCGGCAGCAAACGUUCGAUGAUACGACGGAUAAGAAUUCGCCCACAAGCGGAUUGAAGCUCCUGUAAAAAAUAGAAACGAUUGGAAACGCAAUGAAAUCGGGAGAUCUUAGCCCCCCGUUUUUACAUGGUGCUAAUCAAAUUCACGUGCUGAAGAUGAUGUAGAAACGAAGAACGCUAUUCGAUUUAUGCUAAUAGUGCAUAAAAUGUCACAAGUUUUGCUAUUGCCUGUAUCUACUGUGCCACAAAAGAAGUGGAUGGGGGGGAAAGGCGCAGCUUGGCCGAACUUCCGCUUGUGUUGUAAAGAUAUUGACAGCAAUAAUCUUUGGAAAAGCGAAAAUCAGCUUAGCCUGUUCAAGGCAUACCGAUGUCGAAUAAAGUUUGACCACUUUUACCAAGCCUGGUCCUUCCUGACGCGUUUCUAGUCGUCUUAAUCUAGGUCUCUCUGCGUGCGUGUGUGUGUGUGUGUGUGUGUGUAUUUGAAGCGUGAUUAGACCUGGUCUUGGCGUCCCGUCUAAUCUACGAAUAAGCGGGCUGCUUUUCUUCUGUUGCUCGCUACUGAGUCUUAGGCAAAGUUCCUGCUGUGGGCGUGACUAAGAGUGUCCGUAAUGGGUAAUGAGAACGACAAUCGGACGAAUCUCCGGGCGAUGGCGAAGACGAAAACGCCGCCUCCGCCAGCUGUAGUCAUCACACUGGAUACCGAUCCUUUCCAAGUCGACGUGACCACGUCGAAUUCGCAUCACCCACACGUGAAUCAGAACCACAGUCAGAGCAAUCAUCAUAUCCACCAGAACACACAGAAGUCACUUAGCACACACCGAGACUCGCUGCGUGUCGACUCAGCGGACUCUGCGGUCGUGAAGACAAAUGGUGGGGUUGGAAGCAGUACCGCGACGACGGGGGUCAGAGAGACGGGAGGAUCUCUUUGCAACGCGCGUUCCAGAGAGAACUCAAUCGGAUUUGAGGCCUCCGCUGCCGGGAGCAGCAUCGAUCUUAACGCAUUUGUGGGUGAACAACUAGCACAAGAAAUUGCCGUGAGUCGCAAAUGUUGUACGGAGAAUUCGAGAAAAGUGGCUGCCGGAGUCCUCAUGACGGUACUAAUUGCGCUCAGUUGGGUCGGAGCCGCACACUGUCUAAAGGGCACAUACAAUCGACCGCGAAAUCGGACGCGCCUCUUAGAUGAUACAGGGCUGGUUUCGGGCCAGACUACGUUAGAGCUCGGGUCGUCUAGCAACCAAAGUGACGAAAUAACACAAGGCAACGAUGUAGCGGACGGCCUGCCAUUUGACGCGCCCUUCUUUACCACGUGGCUCUGCACGGCGUUCAACGUUUUCUUUUUGCCCGUCUUUUUGAUCGGGCGCCAAUGCUGGUCAAGAGGAACCACUUGCCGAGUUAUCAUUGACACGUUACAGCGGUUCCAAGAGAAGCAAUUAUCUUUUUCGCAGUUCUUCGCGCGAUGCGGCCUCUUCACAGUUAUGUGGAUUGUCACGAAUUUUCUACUCGUGUUUGCCCUGCGACUUCUUGAUACAACGGACGUGCUCGCCCUCUACUCGGCACAUGUUGCUUUCGUGUACCUUCUCUCCUGGGUCAUUUUGCAUGAACAGUUCGUCGGUGUAAGAAUCGUGGCAAUCAUCCUUGUGAAUACGGGCGUGGCACUGCUUGCCUACAUGGACGGCGUGACGGGUACUACGACGCUCGUUGGCGUUGUGUUGUCUGCGACCGCAGCGGGUCUAUCUGGCGUUUAUAAAGUUACUUUUAAAAAGCUCAUUGGUGAUGUGACGUUCGGCCAAUUGGCGAUGUUCUUCUCGCUUAUUGGUUUUCUCAACAUCGUCCUUCUUUGGCCGCUCGUUCUCUGCUCCUACCUUCUUAAUCUGGAAAACCUCGUCUGGGAACAUAUGCCCUGGGGGCUACUCUUCGGAGCCGGGGCACUUUCUCUCAUAGUAGAUGGAGGUCAUCGGAGGUGUAGACGGAAAGGACCUCUCCCGUUUCGGAACAACAUCGCGUCAGAGCUCACGUUAUAGCUGUUAUUUUUUUGCAUCACAAGGCCGACGCCACUGCGUGCAUCAGUGGCUUCCUUGCACUCUUUUACCUUAAGGAAUAACGUAUCGACGGUAUUUGCAGACACUGUGCCGCAACUUGUUGAAGGUCAUACAGCUCUGUAACAUCGGCUACUUUCACCUCCUGUCGAGUGGCAUUUAUAAAUUGCAUCGUAUAUUUCGAGGACAAUGACAGUUAUGCAGCUUUUGGCGAUUCCAGAUUCGAAUGUACCCGAACACUCGAUCUGGCGGUAAGAAGGAGCGCCCAAACAUCAGAAAAGCCAACUGCUCCUUUUGUACCCAUCAGUAUCACUUUCUGUCGAAAUAGAGCCAUGUUGAGCUUAUAUUUCGAUGGAAUAUCCAUUACAUACAACGUUAACGCCCUUAUAGUCUAUAGCACAAAGACGGUAGAGCACAGCUGACUCAACAGCGUUAGCAGGUUUGAAUUGUUUCGAAAUGUACACUAGACAAAGGAAUACGUUGCUUUUAGUCAAAUGCACUUUUAGAUUUCGUUGUAACAGUCCACCUGUUAGCUGUUGUAGGCAGCCUGAUUCGGUAGUUGAUGAUACACUCUUGCUUCUCUGGAUUUUACCGUAAAAAUGGCCUCGUUGUUAAUCAGCUUACGCUUCCUUAAAACGUUUAUGGUCACCACAGUAUGCUACAAGGUAUAUGGUGUAUUAGAUUAGCCUGGUAAUAUGAUAUAUACUUUGCUAUACCGUCGUAUCGAUUUUUUGUGGAUCUUAUUUGCCACCAAGGAUUUGACAGAAAUCUUGCGGUAUAAUAAAGGAGGAGAAAUUUAACGUCAGCUAGCUUGUCAAAUAUGAGAUGACUUUCCCCGCGACUGGUGUCAAGCGAUAGUUUUAACUAAAUGCCUAAAAUGAGUCGGAUUUAUUUUUUAUAGAAACGCUUUGUGUAGUGUUGAGGGGUAGCACCAACAUCACCUCAAUUUUGACAGGAAUGUCAGUUAACAGCUUUGCAGAGGCCGGUUUUCAACGAAGAAUUUCAGUGUGUAGGCGAAGGUCGCGGGUAAUGGGUCGACCAGAUGAUAUUAAAAGCAUGAUCGUUCGUACAAAGACGUUCUGAGUGUAGUUCGACCUGCGUGCAUGAGAAGCGACUUCAUGGGACGGCUUAAGGGUAGAAAGGAACUAUACGACAGGUUCCUUCCAAAACAAGUUAGGUUGCGUAAGCUGUUUUUCUGCCACUAUAGGACGAACAAGGAAAGGUUCUGACGAUUUAUAUAUGUGCGAUACGAAAACCGCUGGAUAAACUGGAAACUGAGCACAAGGUUUGUAGUGUUCCUGACUAACACCCGAGGAAAGGCAAAGUUGACUAUUUUCGCUAAUUCCGAUAUAGUAGUUGGAGUACAUUCGAAGGUUGAGCUAGUCUGGGUGACCCGAGCGUUGUUGUGAGAGAAAACCACCAUGCGUUUCCGCGAACGCACGCACCAAAAGGGAACUCCGUUUUACAGACUCGUUAAGCUAUACCCCCGGUGACAGUGCAUCAACUAGCCGGUUCUUGUUAUGCAGCGGUAAUGCAGGUUUACCCUCACCGAUGGCGCACCAUGUUGGACCAGUAGAAGGAAAUCAUGACCAGAUCUACUAAAAUAAGCCAAGGCCUUGGUAUUUCUAACUUGUCAUCUGGGUCACCCGACCUAAACAAGACCAAACGCCCGCUGAUGGCGAACCAUUUUCUGGGCGAAAAGAUGAGUUUGCGGGAGAAAAGUACGAGAGUGUGUCCCUUUCUACUUCAUUUAGCAAAGAUUUGCGAAUUCGCUACUGAAGGACGAUUAUCAUUGAGCCUAUUAUAGGGGGUGAACGGCUGUAUCGACGGGCUGUGCUUCAGGACGACCGAAGACCUGGUUGUGUGGAAAUAUAUACCUGGACUUGUGCAAAAUAGCCCCUGUGGUGUCGAGGACCCAAAAGUUAGCGCAACCCCUUUAUUGAUUUGUGAAAUAACAUAACCCCACCCUAUAUCCUCUCCGAAAAUAGAACAAAAUCUAAACAGCGCAACGUAUAAAAAUAUCCCAUCGAAUAAGCGUGGCAGCGUCGCAACGCUGUAAACAUUAGGACAUGAACCUACGAAUAAAUAUAUAUAUACAUAUAUAUUUGUGAGCUGGCUUGGCUUUGUAGUUGGCCCGCAGAAACACGCGGUUCAUAGCCGCUCAGUCGGUGUCUAUGUAGCCGUAGAUUUGUGUUACGCGUAUAUAUAUAUAUAUAUAUAUAUAUCGAUAUAUGUAUGUAUAUAUCUUGAGGGUUGGAGAGUGCCUGAGACAAUCGAAAUAAAAUAGCUCCUCUCAGACAAUAUGUCUAUAUCGUUUUGAAUUGACUGUUGCCGGUUUUCGAAAAAUUGGUAUUCAUACCUUGCUUUGGAACCCCCUUGUAAAUUACAGUCUAAUUCCUAAAUGACGCUUAUUAUUUACAUUAGAUCAUAGUGAAUAGCAUGAACCCGGCAUGUAUCGUCAAUGCUUCGGUAUGUUUUACAGGUCACGCUCAUCUCAGAUAGCAUUACGGUAAUACGGUAUCUACUAAGCAUAGCGUUUUACGAUAGCAGCAUACAUAAAUAAUAUUACGUAAUUUGCAUAAAUAUAAAAUA